GUUGGCUGCGCCGAGUUGGCAGUUGCCGCAGAGUUGCUGGGAGGUGACGAGAGGUGGAGUCGCUGGGGCUAAGAUCAUGCCUCACAGCGAAAGGUUUUCUGGGCAGCAGAGGCCGCUAGGCUUGGGAUGAAAGAAGCAGGGCAGAUGCAAAAUCUGGAGAGCGCGGGGGCCGGGCGGUCAGUGAGCACCCAGACUGGCAGCAUGACCGGUCAAAUACCAAGGCUUUCUAAAGUCAACCUUUUCACUCUGCUCAGUCUCUGGAUGGAGCUCUUUCCAGCAGAAGCCCAAAGACAAAAAUCUCAGGAAAAGGAAGAGGGAAAGCAUGGACCCCUCGGAGAUAAUGAAGAGGUGGCCAGAGUAUCUACUGAUAAAAAACUGGUGAAGAGAACUGGUCUUGUGGUGGUGAAAAACACGAAAAUUGUUGGUCUGCACUGCUCUAGUGAAGAUUUACAUGCUGGGAAAAUUGCUCUUGUAAAACAUGGGUCAAGACUGAAAAACUGUGAUCUUUAUUUUUCCAGAAAACCAUGUUCUGCUUGUUUGAAAAUGAUUGUAAAUGCUGGAGUUAACCGAAUUUCAUACUGGCCUGCUGAUCCAGAAAUAAGUUUGCUUGCUGAGGCUUCUAGUUCUGAAGAUGCAAAGUUAGAUGCCAAAGCAGUGGAAAGAUUGAAGUCAAACAGUCGGGCCCAUGUGUGUGUCUUACUUCAGCCUUUGGUGUGUUAUAUGGUGCAGUUUGUAGAGGAGACCUCUUACAAAUGUGACUUUAUUCAGAAAAUUACAAAAACAUUGCCGGAUGCUAACGGUGACUUUUAUUCUGAAUGUAAACAAGAAAGAAUAAAAGAAUAUGAAAUGCUAUUUUUGGUUUCAAAUGAAGAAAUGCAUAAGCAAAUACUGAUGACUAUAGGUUUGGAGAACCUGUGUGAAAAUCCCUACUUUAGCAAUCUAAGGCAAAACAUGAAAGACCUUAUUCUACUUUUGGCCACAGUGUCUUCCAGCGUGCCCAACUUUAAACGCUACGGAUUUUAUUGUGGCGGUGCCGAACAGAUUAAUGACAUUCACAAUCAAAGUUUGCCACAAGAAAUUGCAAGGCACUGCAUGGUUCAGGCCAGGUUAUUGGCUUAUCGAACUGAGGAUCAUAAAACAGGAGUUGGAGCAGUCAUUUGGGCAGAAGGCAAAUCUCGAACUUGUGAUGGAACAGGCGCGAUGUACUUCGUAGGAUGCGGUUAUAAUGCUUUUCCUGUUGGAUCUGAGUAUGCUGACUUCCCACACAUGGAUGACAAACAGAAAGACAGAGAAAUAAGGAAAUUCAGAUACAUUGUACAUGCAGAACAGAAUGCCUUGACAUUUAGGUGUCAAGAAAUAAAACCAGAAGAAAGAAGUAUGAUUUUUGUGACAAAGUGCCCAUGUGACGAGUGUGUACCUUUAAUUAAAGGUGCAGGCAUAAAACAAAUCUAUGCAGGGGAUGUGGACGUUGGAAAAAAGAAGGCAGACAUCUCUUACAUGAGGUUUGGGGAACUUGAGGGUGUUAGCAAAUUUACUUGGCAGCUGAAUCCAUCAGGAACUUGUGUUCUUGAACAAAAUGAGCCUGAAGGCAGAGAGAACGGUGUGUUGAGACCUGAGGCCCCGGAUGAAGAGCAGCACCAGAACAAGAAGCUGCGUCUUGGAAAACACUGAGAAGUCCCGUCUACACCGGAGUGAAGGCCUCGAGACUUUUUGUUGUACUUUUUAAAUUCAGCCUUGUUAACUCAGAAAAUAAGGAUGGAUUUUGUGAAGAAUUGAAAAAUUUUUUAAGGAUGCUAAUUUAUUACUAGCAUAUGAGUGAUGUUAAUAAGAAUAUUUUAUUUUAGAUUUAUUUUUGUGUUUUCCAGAUGAUAGUGCUAUGUUCUUUUAUUACACUAAAUGGGGUUGCAAUAGUGUAAUGAGACCAGUUUAACUGUUGCCCAUGGGAACUGAUUUCUCCUUGUCUUAGCCUUAUAUUAGCCAGUGUGAAAGAGACUGGGUCACUGGAAGUCACAUCUCAGCAGCGAAUUGCACACUUUUUAAGUAGUGAUUCCUUUGGGUUAUGAAGGUGAUAAUUCGUAAGUUGCUCCAGGGAAAUAAGUGAUGACUUCGCCUUCUUAAGUCAGUGUGUGGCUCAUCGAAAGUACACAUUUAUACCCAAAGCUUUUAAUAAUCAAAAUUUACUUCAUUAGAAUUGAAUCCUAAAAAUGAAGUUGGUGGCCCUGGUCUCCAUUAUAAAAGUAUAUUCCUAACAAAGUUAUUAAUUUUUCUUAAAUCUUUCAAUAUGUAGAAAUCACAAUGAUUUUGGACUCGGGUGUUAUAUUACUGAUUUGGGGUAGUAAUAGGAAGAGAAUAUUAUUCUGAGACAAUAUUACUAUUUGAUAUCACCGACCCUUGAAAUCACUAACAAUGAUUCUCAAAUUUGGGUAUGAUGUUAACAGAGAAGACAUAUUUUAAUCUGGAACAUUGAAACUACCUUUUGAAUUCCAUUCGUAAAUGCUGCCCAUUUUUCCCUCCAUAUAAUUAACACAGAGUGUCUCGUGGCUUUGAAUGGAAGGCCUUUUAAAAAGUUUGCAAACCUUAAGAAUACUAAAAAUCUUGAAAGUAAACAUUGGGGUCAAUUCAGUUACAUUCUAAAUUGCGUUUUGUGAGUCCUCUCAUUUUUAUUUGCUGAGAAACUUGCAGAAGAUUAGUCCAAAGAUGGAGGUACCUGUUUUCUACUUUCCUGGAGUUAGUGAGGAGUUGCAUGGCCCAUGGCUCCCAGGCCUGGGGUGUGACGUCCUGAGGAAUGGCUCCCCUGACCGUGGAGAAGUGAUCAGCUUUGCCUCUGCUCUUGUCCUUUCCUUUCCAUGGCCUCACGAGGCCUCCUGCCAGUUUCUCAGAAUUGUACACAGGACAAUCCAAAUGUUGCCCCGAUGCGCCUGCUCGUACAGCAGCCUGCUUAGGUCCCCUGGGAGAUCAAAGUCACCAUAGCAGGCAGUUGAGAACUGCCAAAGUUGUUUUAACACAAGAUGCGGGGUAUAGAAUAGAGAGGGAGGGGAAGAAAGAUACCCUUAGAGACAACUAAGGCUAAUUUGAAAACCAGUAGUUACCAAUUCCUCAAUAUUGCUCAACAUGAGAAUACUGAGGGGCUGGUCCCAUGGCUGAGUGGUUAAGUUUGCACACUCCACUUCAGCGGCCCAGGGUUUGGGCGCAGACAUGGCACCACUCAUCAGGCCACACUGAGGUGGCGCCCACAUAGCACAACCAGAGGUACGCACAACUAGAAUAUACACCUAUGUACUGGGGGGCUUUGGGAAGAAGACAAAAAAAAGAAAAUACUGAGAUUUGCUUACGUCCUCCAAUUGCUUUAAUAUAUUGAUUAUACAUGCUUAAGUUCAUCUUAGAUUUGUUGUUUUUUACUAAUAUGUCAACUACAUCAAAUAUUUUGUAAAUCAAUCAACAAAUAUUUUGUAAGACCCCAAAGCCUGGUAUACUGCCAGGUUUAUGGAUUUAUGUCUUGGGCAUUGGGGGGGAUAUCAGAAGGGAGAAACAUACAAAUAGGAAAAGCUACAAUUAGGAAAUAGAAAAUUGAUAUUUCCAUAGCACCAUUAAAAUGGUCAUGAUAAGGCCAUAUUUCCUUCUAUACAACUGUUCAGAUUUCAGCCUUUAUUGAGAGUUUACUAUGUAGUACCAGAAGGAAAGCGCUCUCUCUAUAUAUCUAUAUAUAAAUUGUUUAAACUGCUGAAUCCAGUGCCUACAACAGUGCCUGGCACAUAAUAGGCAUUCAGUGAAUAUUUGUUGAUUGAUCAAAUGACUCCUGGAUGUUGGCUAGACCCUGGAGAUGAGAUGUGUAACAAGCACACCCUGAUCUCAAGAGCUCACAGUCUCAUGGAAGCUACAAGCAUGUAAUCAAGUAACAGAGAAUGAUUCCCAGAGUGGGGUCCCUGGACCAGCAGCAUUAGCAUCACCUGGGGACUGGUUAGAAAUGCACCUUCUUAGGGUCCACCCAGACCUGUUGAGUCAGAAUCUCUGGGAGUGGGGCCCAGCAAACUGCAUUUUCACAGACCUUCCCGGGGAUUCUGGUGGUUGAGAACCACCCUGCAGAUGUGAGUAUAGGAGCAGUGGUGGCACAAAAGAGGCCAAGCAUAUGCUCUGCUGAGCGUGGAGAAAGGGCCUAGUAGAAGUGGAGGUGCUUAUGGUGGGUCCUGAACGGGGCACAGGGAGGGGCCGGACAAGCGGUGGGGAUGAGAUGAACUUCUGAGAGAAAGUAAUGGCUUAGAUGGACGGUCCCACUGGGAAGUAGGGAAGGGAAGUGAGUGGGGAGGCCCACAGAGAGCUGAGCUGUACCGUGAGCCCCCAGGGCAGCAAAAUUGACUUAAGUCUAGCAAUUCACAGUCAAGAGGCUUCAUCCCUUAGCCUGAGAAAUCAGAAUUUGCACUUAAACAAAUAUCCAAUGUCUUCCUUAAUUUCAAAGAUUGGGAAGUUAAUAGUAAGUUGUAAUUUGAAAAGAAUAGCUUGCAUUUGUUUACUGCCAAGGGACAGUAGAGUAUGCUGAGACGAGGUGGGGUGAGCAUGGGCCAGGUUCACUCCACACCUGUCACGUCAGAUGCACACAGGUUUGUGUGUACUGCUGUGUUGUAUUACUGCUGAAGCCUUUUAGUUUAUCCAGCUUUUCUUUGGGUUUUUCUUCCUCCGUUACUUAUUGAGUUUGAAAAUAUACCUUUCUCUCAUAAAUCUUCCUCAUUUUACACAUGAACAUUCUGCUUUAGGAUCUGCCACAACACUCUGCCUUUGACCCACCCUAGAGCAAGCAGCAUUGAACACCAUUUUUUAAAGUCCUGGUCCUGCCGUUAGCGGCCACUUGGCAUCUAGCUGAGGCUGUUACUGUUGCUUGUUAGGAUUAAGCAUCAGGUUAGUACUUUCAUUCAGGUGUAACAUUCCUGAAGUCUUUUCAUUUUUUUGCUAUCAUUAAAUUAUAACGUAUUUAAGACAUAUCAAAAAAGUAUAAAGAAAUAGUUAUGACAAAUACUCAUGUACCAAGAUGCAGGAUUAACUAUAUUAACACUCGGAGUCUUGGUCAUAAGGAAUUCAGUCCUCUUGUGAGAUCUAGGUUAGAGCCUGCCUUUGCAUCUUUUCUACGUUUGCUCUCUGGGGCACAUCCUCACUUCCUGAAAAAACGUCCAUGCUCAGGCAGGACCGGUGUUUCAGAGGCAGCCAGAGAGCCUCUCAGAGCCAUUGCCAAGGGAGCUAUGAUUACGCCUCCUUCUGAGAGACUUUAUAACCAGUCUGUUUCAUUGACUUCAGUACCUUUUGAUGGUCAGAUUUCUUCGUUCUCCUUGCCUGUGAUACUUUUCCUGGUAGGAAAAGAUAACCAGCUGCUCCAACCUGGGUGACCCAGUUCUGGUUAGCAGGGGAGGUGUAUUGGCCCAGAGUCUCUGUGGGUUUUCUAACUUCUUUGUAGCUGAGCAUAUGGGUCUCCUACCACUUGUACUGCAGCCCGUUGUGCAACACAGUGAAGGAAGUGUCCUAACUCGGGUCGCGGAGGCUUGCUUCACCUCCCAGAGAAGGUGACUCUGAGUUACGGCUCAGGCCACCUCCAUGACAUGCUGACUCUGGAGCUUAGGCCUCUUGUUUCAGGCCGACAUGUAGGUGUAUGGUACCAUUCAUUCUAGUCCUGAGCACCCACAGGCCACACGCUGUGCGAGACUCUCUGCUCUAAAUCGAAACUGUAAUUUGCUUUGGACAUUUUUUAAAAUAAAAGAAAUUAAAUUUUUACUAUCAAA